GGUAGGGCCGAGUUCUGUCUGGCCGGAAAGGGCGGGCCAUAGGGGAGCAUUCUUCCUCCUCUCAGCCUGACCCCUAGGCUGCUGUGCCUGCGCGGGGCGCGCGAGCGACUGGAUGACGUCACGAAAGGCGGAGAAGAGGCGGGGCCCGAGUGGGUGCGCAGGCGCGAUAGGUCGUGUUUGCGACGGGUCGCCAGGGACUAGACGUCUAUACUUGAGUCACUCAGGAAGCCGGAAGGAGGCCUGGAGCCCGCCGACUUGCCGCGGAAGUGGAAGAAGAACGUCUGUGAGCUAACCUGUGCCACCCGUAACAAAUCUCUCCGUAUGCUCAAGUGUGGGCGUGUGGAUUGAGGGGGGCCCAUCUUCCAAGUGACCUUGGAUGUCGGGCAGAAGGGAAAGUCGGGGCCAGCAAAAGUUAAAAUACGACCCUUCUGCAUUUGUAGCGGAUUUCAUUUACUUUUCUAUCUCAGGAUGAAAUGGCUUUUAGUUCCACAUUCUGGGAUACAUUAGUUUAAUCAUAUAUCUGUCCUUACAACUCUUCUCCUUGGCAGAAAGAGAAGGGGAAGUUGGCAGUGAAAAUAGUACAUUUGGAACCUAUAGUUCUGUCCCAGGAGGGCAGUUUUGUGUGAAAUGCUUUGAAUUUUUCUAAAGACUGAUCUGCCUCUUUCUUCUGUGUCCCAGACUCCUUAGGAUUUGAAUCAGAGAACAUAAUUUGCAAUGGGUAAAAUUUAGAAUAGAAGCUGGAUAAAAUAUAAAUCUGUACAUAAGGCUAGAAAAACGCACAUCUGAGACAAAGGGAGACGAGUCAACAAGAGAAAUCAGGUCCCUGCUCAAGUAUCUGGAGCUGAAAGAUGCAACCUAGGGAAGGGAACUGUGGCUAGCUAAGGAGGUCAUGCUUGAUGUUCCUGUUAGAUCUCAUGUCAACACCAAGCCCUCAGCUGCUGGUGGCAGCUGCUCAGCAGACCCUGGGCAUGGGAAAAAGACGUCCACCUCGUGCCAUCUGCCUUCACCUUGCAGGAGAGGUGCUGGCAGUGGCCCGGGGACUGAAGCCAGCUCUCCUCUAUGAUUACAACUGUGCAGGGGCCUCAGAGCUCCAGAGUUAUCUGGAGAAGCUGCAGGGACUGGGUUUCCUGACCCUGGGACUUCACAUCCUUGAGAUUGGAGAAAACAGCUUUAUUAUCAGUCUUGAACAUAUAUGUCAGCACUUGGAGCAGAUGCUGCUUGGUACCGUAGCCUUUGUGAAUGUUUCCAGCUCCCAGCCUCACCCUUCUAUCUGUUCUCUUGACCAGCUUCAGGACUUGAAGACUCUUGUGGCUGAGAUCAUCACACAUUUGCAGGGGCUACAGAGGAAUCUAUCGCUAGCAGUCUCACUCAGCAGGCUCCAUCCCUCAGACUUGAAUCUCUGUACUGUAUUUGGGAUCCUCCUCGGCUAUCCUGUCUCCUAUACCUUUCACCUGAACCAGAAAAAUGACAACUGCUUAGCCCUGACUCCACUACGAGUAUUCACUGCCCGGAUUUCAUGGCUGCUAGAUCAACCCCCAGUCCUGCUCUAUUCCUUUAGUGUCCCAGAGAGCUUGUUCCCAGCCCUGAGGGACACUGUAAGCAUCUGGGAGAGGACUCUCAGAAUCCGAUUUAGGACUCAGAAUGACUUUGCUGACCUCAGCAUCUCCUCUGAGAUAGUCACACAGCCGGCUGUGGCCCUCUGACUUUAACUCUCCUCCCGUGUAGAAGGUACUUAUAAAUGAUCAUCUCUAGGUUGGGAAUGAUAUAUAGGAAUCAUUCCAAAUGCCACUUCCUAGCAUCUUAAGUGACAGAAUGGUGUAAGCAAUUGGCCACAUAUGCAGAGGGCAUGGGAAUAGGUGAUGGUGGUGGUGGGAGCAUUGGCAGUAUGUAUUUGCC